CCCUGUCUUUGUUCAGCACGGACGGACCAUGGACGUGCAUGCUGCACACUCGCACUCUGGCACACAGCACAGAGCGCACUGGUCAGGUCGUCGUUGUUUGCGCUUGCGGCUUGCGGCACAGCCUCAGACAUCGGCCGGCCCGCUCCUCCGGAGCCCCGCGGACUGGCGCCCCCCUUCCCCCUUCCCGCGUCGGCACGCACGCCACAUUUCCUCCAAAAUCCCGGCCAAAACCCCCGAACACCAACCGCUCGAAUUCCAUGCCCCACCCCGCCGCCGCGAUGCUCCGCUCGCCCUCCUCCCUCCUUCGCAUCUCUCGCCGCCUCCAACUCCAACUCCACCUCCUCCGACCCCAUACCCCUCGCCUCCCUCGUCCCCCGCUCUCCACCCAUCCCCGCUUCCUCUCCUCCUCCUCGCCCACCUCCGGCGUCCCGGGAUGGGCCACCUACGACCCCCUCACCGACAGCCUCGCGCCCGCCGCGGCGAUCCCUUCCGCCUCCGCCUCGGCCUCGGACUCCGAGACCCCUGCGGAGUCCGACGCAUGGGGCGUCUACGACCCCGUCGCGGGCCGCAUCGUCAUGCAGGGCGCUCCGCCGCCGACUCCCUCGUCACCCAACGCCGCUGACGACGAGGAGGAGAGUGAGAAUGAGAGCGUGAAGGAGAAGGGGAGGCCGAGCGGCGGGAAGGGCAAGGUCAGCUGGUCGGCGGUGGCCGCGCCCAGGAAGCCCGGGGGGAAGGCGGGCAGGCAGAGGGUUUCCUACGUGUGCAGCAACUGCGGGGAGGGCGAUUCGCAGUGGUGGGGCAUUUGCCCCCACUGCAAGGAGAUGGGGACCCUGACGAAGUUUGUCGCGGGGACUGACGCUGACUCCACGGAGGGCUCGCACCACGCGGUCCGGUCGUGGAUUCCGCAGAAGAGCAGGGAGAUGGUGCCGCAGAGCCUUCUGGACGUGAAGAAGGGGAUGGACCAGGCGGAGUGGCGCAUACCGCUGAUGGGGAGCUUCGGGAUGGAGAUUGCUCGGGUGCUUGGAGGCGGCGUUGUUCCAGGCUCCUUGAUUUUAGUCGGUGGGGAUCCAGGUGUUGGCAAAAGUUCAUUGAUGUUACAGCUUGCUUCAAAUGUAGUGGAGGGCUUCAAGGUCGAGGAGUCUUCUCCUGUUGUAUAUGUGUCUGGUGAGGAGAGUAUUGAGCAAAUUGGAAACAGGGCUGACCGGAUGAGUAUCAAGUCCAAAAACUUGUACCUCUACUCUGGUACGGAUCUUGAGGAUAUCUUGGACAAAAUACAACCGUUAUCUCCAAAGGCUCUUAUUAUUGAUUCAAUUCAAACAAUUUAUCUGAGAUCUUUUGCUGGAAGUGCUGGCAAUUCGUCACAGGUCAAGGAAUGCACCUCCGCCUUGUUAAGAUUUGCAAAAUUGACCAAUAUCCCUGUUUUCUUGAUUGGACAUGUUACAAAAACUGGUGAUAUUUCUGGCCCUCGCCUCUUAGAGCACAUAGUGGAUGUUGUUCUAUAUAUGGAGGGAGAGAGGUGCUUAUCCCAUCGAUUGUUGAGGUCGGUGAAGAAUCGUUUCGGUUCAACAGAUGAGCUUGGUGUAUUUGAAAUGGCAGAAUUUGGUCUGCAAGCUGUUCUGAAUCCAAGCGAGAUGUUCUUAACUGAACAUGACUCUGAUUCUGAAAUUCUGGCCGGGCUUGCUGUAGCUGUUGUUUUAGAUGGAUCCAGGACCUUUGCUAUUGAAGUUCAGGCAUUGUGUGUUUCUGGUUCUCCUUGCACUGGACAAGUAGUUGGCAUACCAACAAGCAAGGCUGAUAUUAUAAUCUCUGUUCUUAUGAAGCAAGCGGGCCUAAAACUUCAGGAUAAUGCUAUUUUUCUGAAUGUUGUCAGUGGCUUUAAGUUGACAGAGACGGCAGGAGAUCUGGCCAUAGCAGCUUCAAUUUGCAGCAGUUUCUUGGAAUUUCCUAUCCCGAAUGAUGUUGCAUUUAUCGGAGAGGUCGGCCUCGGCGGUGAACUGAGAACUGUGCCAAGAAUGGACAAGCGAGUUAUAGCUAUUGCGAAGUUGGGAUACAAGAAAUGUGUCGUUCCCAAGACCUCAGAGAAGUUGCUCAAACCACUUAAUCUUGAUAUCGAGAUUUUAUCCUGCAGCAAUCUGAAGCAGGUUAUAAACACCAUAUUUAGGCCCCAAGGAUGAUUUUGUAAGAGAUGCCUGGUUUACCAAAGCUGACUGUAGGCGUUUAGACAUUACAGUAUUGUAGAAGCUGGCUAGUUCGAUUGAUGUAGCAUAGUACCUGGUAGACACUGAACGGUUGUCAAGGCUCCAGGCUUCGAGCCGCUCUAUAUAUUCAUUCCUUUUACUCAUAAAGCCUAAGACAGCCAUGACUUCGGUCCUCCUUGCUGGUCUCCUGAACCCUUAACCACAAUAUAUGAGAUGCAAAGAAUCAUAGUUCUUAGGUAUAUAUUUUAAUUUUUAUUC